GGCCUCGUCUGCAUCUCGUGGCGAGGGGCUGAGGGGAGCAUUCGGCGAUCGGCUGAGCGGGUGCCCGGCGGGUUGACUGAAUCGUCGCGUGUGUGUGCGUGGGCGCGUGGCAACCGAGCGGGCCGGCGAGGCAGCCGCGGCCACCGACACCAGCCGCCAUGGAGGACGGCCACACCAGGACCGUCCAGGAGGUGGAGCGUUUCUUCAACGUGGACGCCGAGCGCGGUCUGGGCGACGACCAGAUCAAGCGCAACCAGGAGAAGUAUGGACCGAACGAGCUACCGGCGGAAGAAGGGAAGUCACUUAUGGAGCUGAUCCUCGAGCAGUUUGACGACUUGCUCGUGAAGAUCCUCUUGUUAGCCGCCAUCAUCUCAUUUGUGUUAGCCAUAUUCGAAGAGCACGAGGACUCGACCGAAGCCAUCACUGCCUUUGUGGAGCCGUUUGUAAUCCUGCUGAUCCUGAUCGCCAACGCCAUCGUCGGAGUAUGGCAGGAGCGGAACGCCGAGAGUGCGAUCGAGGCGCUGAAGGAGUACGAGCCCGAGAUGGGCAAGGUGGUGCGCUCGAACAAGGCCGGCGUGCAGAUGAUCCGUGCCCGUGAGAUUGUACCCGGCGACAUCAUCGAGAUCUCCGUGGGCGACAAGAUUCCGGCUGACCUUCGUCUGAUGAAGAUCUUCUCCACCACGCUGCGCAUCGACCAGUCGAUCCUCACCGGCGAGUCGGUGUCGGUGAUCAAGCACACUGACCCCGUGCCGGACCCGCGCGCCGUCAACCAGCGUGACUCCGGGGACACGGCCAACUCGGAGAGUAAGGCCAAGGCCAUCAUCCAGGACAAGAAGAACAUCCUGUUCUCGGGCACGAACGUGUCGGCCGGCAAGGCGCGCGGCAUCGUGAUCGGCACCGGCCUGAACACGGCCAUCGGCCAGAUCCGCACCCAGAUGGCCGAGACGGAGGAGAUCAAGACGCCGCUGCAGCAGAAGCUGGACGAGUUCGGAGAGCAGCUGUCAAAGGUGAUCUCGAUCAUCUGCGUGGCCGUGUGGGCCAUCAACAUCGGCCACUUCAACGACCCGGCGCACGGCGGCUCCUGGAUCAAGGGCGCCAUCUACUACUUCAAGAUCGCCGUGGCGCUGGCCGUGGCCGCCAUCCCCGAGGGCCUGCCGGCCGUCAUCACCACGUGCCUGGCGCUGGGCACGCGCCGCAUGGCCAAGAAGAACGCCAUCGUGCGCUCGCUGCCGUCGGUGGAGACGCUGGGCUGCACGUCCGUCAUCUGCUCGGACAAGACGGGCACGCUCACCACCAACCAGAUGUCCGUGUCGCGCAUGUGCGUGUUCGCCACCGAGUCGAGCGUGCUCGAGUUCGACGUGACCGGCUCCACGUACGAGCCCGUCGGAGACAUCUUCAUGGGCGGCGCCAAGGCCAAGGUGGCCGAGUACGAGGUACUGCAGGAGCUCGCCACCAUCUGCGCCAUGUGCAACGACUCGUCGAUCGACUACAACGAGUUCAAACACUGCUUCGAGAAGGUGGGCGAGGCCACCGAGACGGCGCUGGUCGUGCUGGCCGAGAAGAUCAACCCGUACGGCCUCUCCAAGACGGGCCUGAGCCGGCGCGAGGCCGCCAUCGUCGUCAAGCACGACAUGGAGUCCAAGUGGAAGAAGGAAUUCACGCUGGAGUUCUCGCGCGACCGCAAGUCCAUGUCCUGCUACUGCACCUCGCUCAAGCCCACCCGGCUGGGCAGCGGCGCCAAGAUGUUCUGCAAGGGCGCGCCCGAGGGCGUCAUCGACCGUUGCACACACGUGCGCAUCGGCACCACCAAGGUGCCGCUGACGGCGGCCAUGAAGAACAAGAUCUUGGACCGGACGCGCGAGUACGGCGUCGGCCGCGACACGCUGCGCUGUCUGGCGCUGGCCACCAUCGACACGCCCAUGAAGCCGGAGGACAUGAACCUGGUCGACGCCACCAAGUUCGCCUCGUACGAGGUCAACAUGACGUUCGUCGGCGUCGUUGGCAUGCUGGACCCGCCGCGCAAAGAGGUGGCCGGCGCCAUCCGGCGCUGCCGCAAGGCCGGCAUCCGCGUCAUCGUCAUCACCGGCGACAACAAGGGCACGGCGGAGGCCAUCUGCCGGCGCAUCGGCGUGUUCGCCGAGGAUGAGGACACCACCGGCUUGUCGUACUCGGGCCGCGAGUUUGACGACCUCUCUGUGGAGGAGCAGAGCGCCGCCUGCGCGCGCGCGCGCCUCUUCUCGCGCGUCGAGCCGUUCCACAAGUCGAAGAUCGUCGAGUACCUGCAGGGCAUGGACGAGAUCUCUGCGAUGACGGGCGACGGUGUGAACGACGCGCCGGCGCUGAAGAAGGCCGAGAUCGGCAUCGCCAUGGGCUCGGGCACGGCCGUGGCCAAGUCGGCCUCGGAGAUGGUGCUGGCCGACGACAACUUCUCGUCGAUCGUGGCUGCCGUCGAGGAGGGUCGCGCCAUCUACAACAACAUGAAGCAGUUCAUCCGCUACCUCAUCUCAUCCAACAUCGGCGAGGUCGUGAGCAUCUUCCUGACGGCGGCGCUGGGCGCUCCCGAGGCUCUGAUCCCCGUCCAGCUGCUCUGGGUCAACCUGGUGACGGACGGCUUCCCGGCCACGGCGCUCGGCUUCAACCCUCCCGACCUGGACAUCAUGGACAAGCCGCCGCGCUCCUCCAAGGAGACGCUCAUCACGCGCUGGCUGUUCUUCCGCUACAUGUGCGUCGGCAGCUACGUGGGCGCGGCGACGGUGGGCGCCGCCGCCUGGUGGUACAUGCUGUCGCCGUCCGGCCCCCACCUCAGCUACUACCAGCUGACGCACCAUCUGCAGUGCCUGGGCGGCGGCGACGAGUUCCACGGCAUCGACUGCGCCGUCUUCAACGACCCGCACCCCAUGACCAUGGCGCUCUCCGUGCUGGUCACCAUCGAGAUGCUGAACGCGCUGAACUCGGUGUCGGAGAACCAGUCGCUGCUGGUGAUGCCGCCCUGGCAGAACUUCUGGCUCAUCGCCGCCAUCUUCCUGUCCAUGUCGCUGCACUUCAUGAUCCUCUACGUGGACAUCUUGUCGACCAUCUUCCAGAUCUGCCCACUCAGUUUGGAGGAGUGGAUCGCCGUGCUGAAGAUCUCGCUGCCCGUUCUGUUUAUGGACGAAACGCUGAAGAUGGUCGCUCGCAAAUACGCUGACGUGCUGGGAUGCUAAGCAAGUCCCCGUGCAGAACGAGUCCCGUGAAUGGUAAACCUCGACCGCCGCUCCCAUCAACUGGUGGUCGUCCAGCGAGACGUCCCGCGGCUGCUGCCAGCCGCCUGGGAUAGCGAGUGAAAGGGAGCGAAACAGAGGGAAGAGAGAGAGAGAGAGCGAGAGCGAGAGAGUGGGUCGGACAGACCAGGCACCCGCAAGGUCUGACGACGAACAGACCCCUUCCGCGGUACGGAGCCGCACGCGUGCGUCAGAUGGCGCUAGAGUCUGCGCGAUAGGUGGUGUCACCGGCACCAAGCUUCGCCCAGCGGGGCCCAGAUGUCGCCGUCGUCGCGUCCGCCGCCGCCCGUGAGUCCUGUACAUACGCCACACUGGCGCGCGUGUAAAUACGGUUGUUAUCCUGUAGAUGGGUCUUCGUGUCUAGUCAUGUGAGUACAACCCGGUUCUGUUGUCUCCGAAAUAUGCUCAAACCUGGCCGACGUAUUCCCCGCGGGACGGGGGGAGGGGAGGGGGCGGCCGCGGGGCACGAGGGGACCGGGUGGCGGAGGGGCGGCGCGGGCCGCAGGCCCGCCGCCUCCGGGAGGUGGGGCCUGCUGCCUUCGCCCCCCGACGGUGGCCCGCCCGCCCCCGCGGUCCGCCGUCGUAGGCAGUUAAAAUGAACCGAUGUAUAACACGUUAUAAUUUGGGAGUUUUAAUAGAAUUUAUGAUUUUAUACGCAUCGCGCUGUUGGGAAUAGAAACGAAAAUGUGGGGAAUGCUGCGUUUUUAUGUGCGUGGUUUGGAGCCGAGCCGGAAUAAGGUAAGAAGGCAUUCAAUGACACUGCCAUCCUCGUCAUCGUUGUUUGCAGAACGGCAGCUAUUCAAAGACGGUUCAAAACAACAUCGGCCUUGAAACAGGGGCCGCAAUAUAUUUACUCGCUGAAGUUGCAAGUGGCAAGCGACGGAUCAGUGGCAUGUGAGCAUUUUUGGUGGCAUUAUAACCAACCAUAA